AUGCCAGCACAGCUUCCAAACUUUCGAGAUCGAACCGAUUCUGCGGCUUCUGCCAGUCCGCCCCAUGGCCCUCCAACUUCUGAUGUUGCUCAAAAAUCGCGGCUCUUCUCACCUUCGUCCUCGUUCUUCUCGUCGGCACCCGUGAUUGGCGAAGAAGCGACCGACCUCGCCGUCGUGCUCGAAGUCAUGACCUCCAAACUUGACGACGAACGCUUACAGCGUGCGUGCUUGCAGGCUGUCGGUCGCUUGGCGAAGGAUGUGUCCAAGCUGCGACCGCUGUGCUUGGGAGUUGUAUCAGCCAUUGCAGCAUCAUCGGCGUCGAUGCGACACAGUCUGAACGUGCAGCGAAUGGCCAUUGGUGCGCUUAGCAGCGUGGCAUAUUCGCAGGAUGUGGCGACGUUGAUUGCACCUUUGGCCCUCCCUGUGGUGCUAGAGGCCGCUUUAUCUCAUCCAAGCGACUCCAAGCUGCAGGGCUUGAUGUGCGAGGCUUUUGCACGGCUUGCACAGGGUGGUGGCGAGGCUGCUAUGGUAAAAUGCAUUGUGGCUUCUCUUCCGACCCCAGAUGUUGCACUGUCCAUGCUUUCCGACUCGUUGCAGAGGCUGUGUGAAAAUGCGAUCUGUCGGCCACGUCAAGUCGUCGAUGAGCUCCUUCAUCUCUGUGACAGUGAUCCCUCCAAUCUGGAGUUGCAGCGGCAGGUGUCCUUGUGCCUGCACAGGCUGCUGGCUGCUGGGGUCGUGUCUGAGGCAUGUGUGCGAGGCAGGGGCACUUUGCUGAACUCCCAGUGGGCUCACCUGCUGGAACGCUUCCUUGGCGCCGAAGAUGAGGAGACCAAGUUGGACGGCACUUUUCACAGCAAGGUCCAGGAGUUGUUUCACCAGGAGGUGGCUUUGCACUUCGAGUACGAGGCUGCAGAGCGCUGCCUGCACUACCUUCGAAGAAGGACGCAGCCGUCCUUGGUUUUCUUGGAAGUGAUCCGGUGUUUGGCGGAAAACCUGGAGGACUAUCAAAGCCGCUCAGAGGCUCGCGAGCUUGCUUGGGACGCUGGUCGACAGAUGCUGGUUCCUUUGGAUCCUCACCUGCGCCUAAGACUGCAGAACGAGGUUCUUGAGGCUAUGCAGCUUCGGCUGCCGCAAGCCCUUUGUUCUGCGGCUGUGGCAGCCGCAGACUGGCCCAAGAGCGAGGAAAGUUUGGUGAAGAUGACGGCUCACCUUCUCAACGAGUGCAGCAAGCUGCUGGAAAGGAAAACCCAGGUGACACAGGAUCACCAUGAGCGAGCUGCGGAGCUGCGGCGGGAAGUGAUGUUGUUCGAGGCCGUGGAGUACUUGGAACUGAACGCGGCGGAGGCCACACCAACUCAGGUGUCUUCUGCAUUGCAUAUGCUUGAAGUCGCAACCGCUGUGGCUCCGGUCGGGCCCAUGGCUGAAGUGUGCCGCUUCGCCAAAGACGGAGCUUGUGCAGGCCGAUGCUUUGGAACGCCUGCGGUAUCGCCUUGGGAGGCACCGGCAGCUCUUCAAUACUACAUCAGCACUCUGCGCACUCAGGAUCCCAGCUACCUGCGGCGAGGCCGACUAGCCCAGGAGCUGCUGAGGGAUGCAGAGCGUGUGUAUGAUCCGCAGCAAGAAAGAUCAUGGGAGAAGAAAUACAAGUUCUUCAGCGAAGCCAAGAUGAAGGCAACAUACCGCACGUUUGCACGCGCCAGACAUGAUCCCUUCAACAAAGAUCCGGCGUGGGGGAAAUCGGUGUUGUCGCGUUUCGCGACAUAUUGCGGCGACAGAAAUGUGAAACUGGAGGACAUUUUCCAUCAUGUUGAUGCAGACGGCGAUUAUUCGCUGAGCAGACCGGAGGUCAAGCAUGCCUUGUGCAGGGUGCUGCCCUCCCUUUCAGAGCAGGAGGUCGUGGCCAUAUUUGAUGCAAUCGACGAGGAUCACAGUGGUGCCGUCAGCGUGCAAGAGUUUCGAACAGCCUUGGAGUGGGGCAGGAAUGCUAAGUUCAACAAAGAGUCUACUGAACGGCACAGGAACCCGACACAUCGGAUUAAGCGUUUCCCACCGGCGAGAGUCGAUGGAUGGGAGCACCUCAGGGAUGCCGACAGUGUGCAAGGGACCAGGUAUGAGAGGGUUGGCCAAGCGGGCAGCCUGCUGGAGAUGUGUGACAAGGAAACAUCCGAAUGCCUGGGGAGAUUGGCCAAGACGCUGGUCCACACACCAAGGGCACUUCAACACCGAGCCCAGACUCCGAAGUACCUGUACUUUGGGGGCGGUGCCGACAGCGCUCGAUUCCACAAGCACUCCAGGUUUGGUCACCUUGCGGUGGAGGCUGACGGUAUUUCUCAGGACGUGCCGGAUCCGGGAGGCUUUGAUUUGCGUCCUGGUUUUCUAUGUGGAGCUCGGUCAGCGCGACAGGCAACGAGGCCACACACCCGCGGUUGA